AUGUCUACAGCACUGGUUGCCCUGAAACGUACAUUGCGCAAGGAACUGAAAUUUCAACUUAAAGCUGUUUCACCAAGCACCAUCACCGCUGAAUCUGAGCAAGUCAUUCAAAGGUUAUUUGAUCUCGAAGCAUAUCGUGCCAGUCGUCAUGUCAGCGUCUACAUUAGUCUCCCGGGUGGCGAGAUAGAUACGCGAGCUAUUAUUCAUCAUAUUUUACAUUCAGACAAAUCAUGCUAUGUACCACGCUGGACCAAGGAUGACAUGGAAAUGGUCAAGAUCAGGUCCUGGGACGAAUAUUUAGCACUACCUGUCAAUAAGUGGAAUAUCCCGGAACCAUCGCAUGAGCAACUGAUGGAAAAUGCUCUGGAAAAGGAUGGUUUGGAUUUGAUCAUUGUACCAGCCAUGGCUUUUGAUACCGACCGUAAUCGUAUUGGUCACGGCAAAGGUUAUUACGACAAGUAUAUACGUGCUUGCAAUGCUUGGUCUGCCGCUCAUGAUCGCCAGCAUCCAAAAACAGUGGGUCUUGCACUUUCGGCACAAUUGCUUGAGGCAGGCAGGAUUCCAGUCGAGCCAUUUGAUCAAAAGAUUGAUUGUAUUUUGUCACCAGACAAGGUUAUUCAAUAA